AUGACAGACGCUCUUCCUGCCUCGGUAGACUACAUCAUCGUUGGUGGCGGCACAUCGGGCCUGGUGCUCGCGGCGCGACUGUCUGAAAACCCCGACCUGCAAAUAGUUGUCCUGGAAGCAGGGCCUGAUCGAACGUCGGACCCCCGAGUAUCAGACUCAAGCGCGUGGCCGACUCUUCCGGGGACGGAUCUGGACUGGCAGACGAAGACUGUUCCACAGCCUGAAUUGAACAAUCGAGAGACAACUCAUCCCGCAGGGAAGCUCCUCGGGGGCUCGUCAGCCAUAAAUGGACUAUUCUGGACGCCUCCCUCACCCGCUGGAAUCGACGCCUGGGCGAGGCUCGGAAACCCAAAAUGGACAUGGGAGUCGCUCAAGCCAUAUCUUGAGAAAUCCAUCUCCUUGCCCGCAGCUGAAGGUGAGAGAGAAGGAGGCCCGAUCAAAGUUGCCUACGCGUCGCUCCUUGAGGAAGGGAAAAAUAACCCGCUCGCCCAGGCAUGGGAAGAUGCCCAUAAGGUAAACGGAUUAGAGCCGCAGAAGUCCUUUCUAGGCGGAACGGGAACGGGAUCUGUGGGAACCAGGCCCUGUACUAUGACGCUUGAUCCUGUCACUGGUCUGAGGAGUAGCUCUGAUUCGACAUACGGUCUCAUCGCAAAAGAAAGGCAGAAUGUGAGGAUUGUGACCGAGGCAAAUGUGCGAAAAGUUUUGUUUGCGACGCAGGAGAGUGGUAAUCUGCAGGCUACUGGAGUCGAAGUUUACAUUCGAAGUGCAACGCGUACAGUCCACGCUACAAAAGAGGUGAUCUUAGCUGCCGGGACGCUUCAUACGCCAAAGAUAUUGGAGCUCUCGGGAGUUGGUGAUCCGAAAAGACUGGAGCACUUGGGUAUUGAUGUUGUUCUUGAGCAGCAAGGUGUCGGCGAAGGCCUGCAGAACCAUAUCAUGGCUGUGCUCCCCUUUUCGUUGAAGGAGACUACAGAAGCUGCGAGUGUGCCACCUGGGGCCCAGGCGUACUCAUUCACGCGACCACAGCAGAAGGAUCUCGAAAACAUGCUGGCCCGGUAUGCAGGAUCCAGCUAUCGCGAAGCUGUCACCAAAUCCCUCAUCAAACAAGCAAACGAAGCCUCAGAAUUCAACAUCCUCGGCACAUACCCCGGCAACUUUGGUGCUCUCGCCGCCAUUCUCUCCUACCCCCUUUCCCGAGGAAGCGUGCACAUCUCUUCCAACCACCCAGUGGACCACCCAGCAAUCGACCCGCAAUACUUCUCGCACCCCCUCGAUAUUGAGCUCCUCGCCCGUCAGGUUCAGACAUCACAGAAACUUCUGUCUUCCCCACACUUUGCACCUUUCGUCCAGGCACCCCAAGCAACGGAUCUGGACACAAUCAAGACUCAACUCCGCGAGUCCCUUGGGGCCCCGGCUCACCACGCCUGCGGAACAGCUGCUAUGCUCCCGCUGGAAGCUGGUGGCGUCGUUGGUCAGGAUUUAAAGGUGUACGGCACGACGAACUUAAGGAUCGUGGACGCGAGUAUCUUCCCGUUGAUCACAUCCGGAAAUCCGAUCUCGACGGUCUAUGCAGUUGCAGAGCGCGCGGCGGAUAUUGUUCUUGGGAAGGCGGAGUAA